AUGCUGGGCGCGCGUCUCAUAUACAACGCUGCCAGGCGAGCAGGUCCACCAUGCUCUCAGACGUUGGUCCGUCCUUUCAGUCUGGCUCCUCAGAUGCACUCAUUUAAGCUUGUAAAUUUCAGAGAGGAGCAAACUGACCUGAAGUCUAUCACCGACCAAUCCGCUCAAACUUUGCUGUGGACGGAGCUUUUCAGAGGCUUGGGAAUGACCCUAAGUUACUUGUUCCGGGAGCCCGCCACUAUAAACUACCCAUUUGAGAAAGGUCCGUUGAGCCCACGGUUCCGUGGGGAGCAUGCACUUCGCAGGUAUCCAUCAGGAGAGGAGCGCUGUAUCGCCUGCAAACUUUGUGAAGCCAUUUGCCCUGCCCAGGCCAUCACGAUUGAGGCAGAGCCUCGUGCAGAUGGGAGCCGCAGGACCACGAGAUAUGACAUUGACAUGACUAAGUGUAUCUAUUGCGGGUUUUGCCAGGAAGCCUGUCCCGUGGAUGCCAUUGUGGAGGGUCCCAACUUUGAGUUCAGCACAGAGACACACGAGGAACUCCUGUACAACAAAGAGAAGCUCCUAAAUAAUGGUGACAAGUGGGAAGCUGAGAUCGGCGCAAACAUCCAGGCCGACUUUCUCUACCGCUGA